AUGCUUCCGGUCGUUGUUACCACGGCGUGUGGUUGUUUCGCACCGCUCCUGGACUCUCCCCCCAAACAAUCCACCCAGUUCUUGUACGAGUACCCCAACACGUCCUUCGACAACAACUACAACAACAGCAUCAACGUUAGCACUAGCAAUACUAGCGACCGUGACGGGACUACCGACAUUGACCGCAACAGGGAAUGCGCAGCCGACGACCAACUUGGGGACGACGCAUCGCACGAAUACCCGUACGGGAACGUUCCACACUUCCGCAACGACAAUAGCAGUAGCAACGACGAACACGACGACGACAGUAGCAACGGUACGACGACGAGUCCGCGAAUGGGUCGUCGGCGUCGCAAGGGCAUGAACUUUUUCGCUUCCAAAAAGUCUCGCGCCGCUGCCGCGGCCGCCGCGGCGGUGGAAACGGCUCCGGCCGACACGUCCAGCUUUCGACCGGCCGUCAAGGCCGUCUUGGAACCAUUCACGUCCAAAAGUAGUGUCGGAUCUCCGCGUGCCGAUUCUGUCGUCGCCAAGGAAAACCCGCUGCCUCGCAACCACGACACUAGUCAACCUCAACACACUGAGGAUAGUAAGAAGGAGAAGGAUGGCGGCAGUACCAGUCCAAGCAACGGCACCAACCACAACAAUGGUAACUCCGGUACGCACCCGAACGACAGUAACAACAACAACAACAACCAGAACAAGAACAGCGAACCGUCGUCUCCCGUGUCAUCCGACGAACAACGCGAUCACCAUGACGACACUCAUAGCAACCACAACGACCACAGCAACAGCAACGACGACGACAGCAGUAUCAUUUCUAUUCACAAUCACGACAGGAUCGACAAUUCACCCAAACGGCGAGAAGAAACUACCGAACGCGUCACCACCACCACCACCGAAGACGACGACGACAAUGACAACAACGAGCCGGGAGAGGACGACAAUAGUAUCCUUGGUAUCCGCGACGACAGUUCCUCCACGACGAACCCAGCCCACUCUCCCAUUCAGCGUCACGUUGCCACACCAGAAGAAAACACAAGCAGCACGAACAGCUCCGUCAUCCUCGAACCCUCCUCAGCUCUGCUCGACAAUCCACACACCGCACUCCACACAACUCCCCAUCGCAUCGACAGCAGCGACUCGGAACCCCGUCUGUUCCGGACGUUCACGCCCGGUGGAUCCACCACGGACAUUCCCGCCGUCGAAACCGCCGUAUCCGAUCUCGGCGACGUCUCGGAAGUUCCCCACGGGGGUCUUCCAGCCCGACAACCAAGCGGGCCCUUGCGGACGAAGCUCCAGUUGGACCUGCAUACCGAUCUGCUGAAGCGAUUGCGAAACACCAACCGCAUGCCGGAAUACAUUCUCGCUACGGAAUCGUCGCGACCCAGCGAAUCGCCCCCGCGACCCAGCACCCCCACCGAGGCCAUGUCGACGACAACCUCCCACGUGUCGGAACCCUCGUUGACCCCGGAAACGCCCGUGCAAGCCUCCCCCCUCGCCGUGGAAACAGAUUCGAGUCCGGCAGAAUCUUCCCGAACGGUACCGGAGACGCCCGAUUCGUCCCCACGGACACCCGUAUCACCGACAGCAACGACAUCCUCGGACGACACACCGUGCAGCCCAACAACGACGCACUCUUGCGUAUCGGAAUCCCAUGAUCUCCCCGAAUCGUCACCGGCGGUACCGAACACCGCUGCCGGAGUCGCCACCGAAGCCAGCGGACCUUCCUCGAGUCCAGAAGCGUCUUUAACAGUAUCCCCGGAAUCGUCAAGCGUGCCUAGACCGCCGUUCCCGACACAAACAACCGCCACCUUGUUGGCUGAAGAAGCACCCCAGAGCCCGGCAGAAUCUUUCCAAACGGUACCGGAUACGCCCGAUUCGUCCCCACGGCCACCCGUCUCACCGGCAGCAACGACAUCCUCGGACGACACACCGUGCAGCCCAACAACGACCACCACGACCGGCUCGGACACGGCUGAAGAACUAUCUCCUGCUCCGGAAAGACUUCCCGAUUUAUGGAGUUCGGAAACCGGUGUUGUGUUUGAAGCACUUCAAUGGAUUACAAUCGAAGCCUUCCACGACGAAGGAGCCCGGGAUACAAUUGCUCGGACCGGUGGCCUGCUGGCCAUUGUGCGGGCUAUGGAGACGCAUUCUUCGCACGCACCGAUUCAAAAAGCUGCUUGCCAGGCUUUAGAAAAGCUUGCAUUGGAUAUCGAGAACGAACGCGCCAUCAGCGAUGUUGGCGGAGUUGAAGCAAUUCUAGCGGCCAUGAUGGGUCAUUUGAACAACGUAUCAGUUCAGGAGGCGGCCUGGUCGGCCCUGCAAAAUUUAACAUGUGGGAACGCCCAGGGGGCCAUGACAAUUGACACUACGGGUGGCAUGGUCUCGUUGGUCUCUGCAAUGCGAACGCAUUCUACCGAGCCACGAGUACAAGCGAGCGCGUGCGGGACCUUCGCCAAUUUAUGUCUGGAUCACGAAGAUCGUUUAACGGCGUUGGCGCAAGCGGGCGGCUUUAGCGCCAUGGCGGAUGCCCUACAACUCCAUUGGGAAAAUAUGGAAGUACGAAAGGAAGCAAGUCGAGCGCUGGCGGAUUUGUUGGAAGAUGUUUAA